AUGUCCACUCUUCAGAUCGCCGAGACACAGUUUGUUACCGUCAACGGAAUAAGAGUCGCUUUCAGACGCUUCGGAAAGCAGUCCCAGGUUCCAUUAUUGUACAUCAACCACCUUCGCGGGUCGAUGGACACACUUGACGCCCUACUGUUCAACGCCAUUGCGAAGAAGCGAGAGGUCAUCGUCUACGACAGCUUCGGUAUCGGCCAUAGUGAUGGACAAGUCCCCGAGUCUACAGCUGCCAUGGCUGCGAUUGCGGCCGGCUUCGUGGUUGCCAUUGGCGUCGAGAAGGCCGACGUAAUUGGGUUUUCGAUGGGAGGCGGCGUAGCCCAGAUCCUGGCUUGGGACUAUCCUCACCUGGUGCGAAAGUUGGUUCUAGCCGGCACCCAAUCUGCCAUUGGCGAGGGCGUAGUACUGCCUCCCAAAGAGGUACUGGAAAGCGCGGGAGCAAACAAUGACGAGCCUCCUACGUUGGAGGACAUGCUGCGCCUCUUCUUUUUCCCAUCGGAUUCCAGCUUGGCGAUCGGUCGUCAGUGGUGGAACCGUAUUCACGAGCGUCAAGUAACAGGAGAAGAGCGAAAAGGGUUUCUUGUUGGCCCUGGCGCUCGAUCCCAGCUGACGGCGAUCUUCUCGUUCAGUCUCAACUCGAGCAACUUCGACCGUCUCAAGGACAUCAAGGCGCCUACUCUAGUCACCAAUGGCCACAAUGACAUUAUGUCGCCUACGCCAAACAGCUUUUCUCUCCAGCAGAACCUUCCAAACGCGCAGCUCAUCAUUUACCCCGAUGCUGGUCAUGGUCACCUGUUCCAGGUCCCAGAGCUGUACGCGAAGCACUUGGACUUAUUCCUUGGGCAUUGA